AGAAAAACAAACCGCAGAAACAUAUGAGUUAGGCGCGCUGUUGCAUUUCAUAUGAAUUGUGAACUAAAAUUCAUUUCGCGGAAUAAAUAUCAAGAAUAAAAUAUAUAUAUUCAUGACCAAACACAAUGUUUAGCGACAUUUCUUUACUCAUUUUAAGUGAAUUCAGCGACGACGAAAGUGAUGAAGAAAAUUUAUUGGAUUCGUCUACGGAUUUAGGCUCAUCUUCAGAAGAAGAUGAAUAUCUGGAAAAUUUGCUUUGCGAUUCGUACAGCUUUAGGCGACAUCAUGCUGAAAACAUCACAAGGGAUGCAAUACCUACAUACACAAAUAAAGAAUUCCAAAUUCAUUUUCGUGUGAACAGAAAUGUGUACAAUUUUCUAAUAGAAAAAUUUAAAGACUCUGAGGAUUACAAAAGUCUAAGAAUGGAUAAAGUGAUCUCAGCGGAUACACAUAUUGCGUUGUUUUUAUGGUUUGCAGGUCAUAGAGAAUGUUCCUUCCGAGAUAUUGCCAAUCGUUUCCAUAUAUCUAUCAGUACAGUUAGUGCCAUAAUAAGUAGAGUUACUCACUUCAUUAGCAGUCUCUCGGACGCAGUAAUAAAAUGGCCAAAUUAUACCGAAAAAUUAACCUCAUCUGCUUUUUUUGCUGCACAACAUAUUGGUGGAAGUUUCGAGGAAGCUAUAGGUGUAUUGGGUAUGACUCACAUACGAAUUAUUCCUCCUAAAAGUGAUAAAAACCAGUACAUUAAUUGGAAAGGCGAAAGCACUAUACAAGUGCUAGGAAUUUGUAAUGAAAGAAAUGACUUUAUUUACAUUUUUGCGGGACUUCCUGGUGCUGUUCAUGUGCAUGAAGUGCUUGAAAGAUCUGAUAUAUAUCCAAAACUGUCAUCGCUCUGUGGUGAUUAUUAUAUAUUAGCUAACUCUUCAUUUGCUUGUACAGAAAAUAUCAUAACUCCAUACAUCGACAAUGAGCAAUUGGGUGCACGUCAAAAGAAAUUUAAUGAUAAAUUGAACGCUUCUCGCAUCAUCAUCGAACAUGCAUUCACUAUGCUUAAACGAAGAUUUCCACAAUUAUACUUCUGCAAACUAAAGGGAGUAGAAAAAGUAUGCCAUUUCGUAAGAGCCUGUGUUGUUCUUCACAAUCUCUGUGACGAGAAUUUUAUUAGAGUUGGAAGUGACUUUAAAGUGACUGAUAUAAAUCAAGAUAUGGAACCACCUAACACAACUGAAAUGUCCAUUUGGCGCCGCAACCAGUUAUGUUACAAAAUGUUUAGAUCUAAUGCAAAAUAAUUGACAUUAACUGUAAUUAAUAGUUUUUUGUAUAUACAAAUAUUUUUAAGUGGUAUAUAAGUAGCGAUAGUAGUAUUUUGU